AGGGACCCGGAGGCCCCGCGCCCCCCCGCAGCCCAAUUCCGCGCCCCGGCUCCGGGAGAUGUGCCGGGCGGGGGGCCCGUGCCCGCGGAGCCGCAGGAGACACGCGCAGGGUCGACCCGGGAGCGCUCGGGACAGGUGAGUGGGCUGGGCUGUAGCGCCCCCCCCCCCCCGGCGAUGAGAACCUGGGGUCCCCGUGCAGGUCACUGAGAGCUGUGCUCGCCCUGGCCGCCACCAUGGCCCGCCUGGCCGCCGCGCUCUGGAGUGUCUGCGUCACUGCCGUGCUGGUCACCUCGGCCACCCAGGGCCUGAGCCGAGCCGGGCUGCCCUUUGGGCUCAUGCGCCGGGAGCUGGCAUGCGAGGGGUACCCCAUCGAGCUGCGGUGCCCGGGCAGUGACGUCAUCAUGGUGGAAAACGCCAACUACGGACGCACGGACGACAAGAUCUGUGACGCUGACCCGUUCCAGAUGGAGAAUGUGCAGUGUUACCUCCCUGAUGCCUUCAAGAUCAUGUCACAGAGGUGUAACAACCGCACCCAGUGUGUGGUGGUCGCCGGCUCGGACGCUUUCCCCGACCCCUGUCCCGGGACCUACAAGUACCUGGAGGUGCAGUACGACUGUGUGCCCUACAAAGUGGAACAGAAAGUCUUCGUGUGCCCGGGGACACUGCAGAAGGUGCUGGAGCCCACCUCCACCCAUGAGUCGGAGCACCAGUCGGGCGCCUGGUGCAAGGACCCGCUGCAGGCGGGUGACCGCAUCUACGUCAUGCCCUGGAUCCCCUACCGCACCGACACACUUACCGAGUACGCGUCCUGGGAGGACUAUGUGGCCGCUCGCCACACCACCACCUACCGCCUGCCCAACCGCGUGGACGGCACGGGCUUCGUGGUCUACGAUGGCGCCGUCUUCUACAACAAGGAGCGCACGCGCAACAUCGUCAAGUACGACCUGCGCACGCGCAUCAAGAGCGGCGAGACGGUCAUCAACACGGCCAACUACCACGACACGUCGCCCUACCGCUGGGGCGGCAAGACGGACAUCGACCUGGCCGUGGACGAGAAUGGGCUGUGGGUCAUCUACGCCACCGAGGCCAACAACGGGCGGCUUGUGGUGAGCCAACUGAACCCCUACACCCUGCGCUUCGAGGGCACCUGGGAGACGGGGUACGACAAGCGCUCGGCCUCCAACGCCUUCAUGGUGUGCGGGGUGCUCUACGUGCUGCGCUCCGUCUACGUGGACGACGACAGCGAGGCGGCCGGCAACCGCGUGGACUAUGCCUUCAACACCAAUGCCAACCGCGAGGAGCCCGUAGGCCUGGCCUUCCCCAACCCCUACCAGUUCGUGUCCUCCGUGGACUACAACCCGCGCGACAACCAGCUCUACGUCUGGAACAACUACUUCGUGGUGCGCUACGGCCUGGAGUUUGGGCCCCCGGAUCCCAGUGCCGGUCCUGCUACGUCCCCACCCCUCAGCACGACCACCACUGCCAGGCCCACCCCGCUCACCAGCACAGCUUCCCCCGCGGCCACCACCCCACUCCGCCGAGCGCCCCUCACCACGCACCCGGUGGGCGCCAUCAACCAGCUGGGACCUGACCUGCCCCUGGCCACAGCCCCUGCCCCCAGUACCCGGCGGCCCCCAGCCCCCAACCUGCACGUGUCCCCAGAGCUCUUCUGCGAACCUCGAGAGGUGCGGCGGGUCCAGUGGCCAGCCACUCAGCAGGGCAUGCUGGUGGAGCGGCCCUGUCCCAAGGGCACGCGGGGAAUCGCCUCAUUCCAGUGUCUGCCAGCCCUGGGGCUCUGGAACCCCCGGGGCCCUGACCUCAGCAACUGUACCUCCCCUUGGGUCAACCAGGUGGCCCAGAAGAUCAAGAGUGGGGAGAACGCAGCCAACAUCGCCAGUGAGCUGGCCCGCCACACACGGGGCUCCAUCUACGCGGGGGAUGUGUCCUCGUCUGUGAAGCUCAUGGAGCAGCUCCUGGACAUCCUGGACGCCCAGCUACAGGCCCUGCGGCCCAUCGAGCGCGAGUCAGCCGGGAAGAACUACAACAAGAUGCACAAACGGGAGCGGACCUGCAAGGACUACAUCAAGGCCGUGGUGGAGACUGUGGACAACCUCCUGCGGCCGGAGGCACUGGAGUCCUGGAAGGACAUGAACACCACGGAGCAGGUGCACACGGCCACCAUGCUCCUGGACGUGCUAGAGGAGGGCGCCUUCCUGCUGGCCGACAAUGUUCGGGAGCCUGCCCGCUUCCUGGCUGCCAAGCAGAACGUGGUGCUGGAGGUGACUGUCCUGAACACAGAGGGCCAGGUGCAGGAGCUGGUCUUCCCCCAGGAGUACCCCAGCGAGAACUCCAUCCAGCUGUCUGCCAACACCAUCAAACAGAACAGCCGGAAUGGCGUGGUCAAGGUUGUGUUCAUCCUCUACAAUAACCUGGGCCUCUUCCUGUCCACGGAGAACGCGACAGUGAAGCUGGCAGGCGAGGCGGGCACAGGGAGUCCUGGGGGCGCCUCUCUGGUAGUGAACUCGCAGGUCAUCGCGGCAUCCAUCAACAAGGAAUCCAGCCGUGUCUUUCUCAUGGACCCUGUCAUCUUCACUGUGGCCCACCUGGAGGCCAAGAACCACUUCAACGCCAACUGCUCCUUCUGGAACUACUCCGAGCGCUCCAUGCUAGGCUACUGGUCCACCCAGGGCUGCCGCCUGGUGGAGUCCAACAAGACCCACACCACCUGUGCCUGCAGCCACCUCACCAACUUUGCCGUGCUCAUGGCCCACCGAGAGAUCUACCAGGGCCGCAUCAACGAGCUGCUGCUGUCUGUCAUCACCUGGGUGGGCAUCGUCAUCUCCCUGGUCUGCCUGGCCAUCUGCAUCUCCACUUUCUGCUUCCUGCGGGGGCUGCAGACCGACCGCAACACCAUCCAUAAGAACCUCUGCAUCAACCUUUUCCUGGCGGAGCUACUCUUCCUGGUCGGCAUAGACAAGACUCAGUAUGAGAUCGCCUGCCCCAUCUUCGCCGGCCUGCUGCACUACUUCUUCCUGGCCGCCUUCUCCUGGCUGUGCCUGGAGGGCGUGCACCUCUACCUGCUGCUGGUGGAGGUGUUUGAGAGCGAGUACUCGCGCACCAAGUACUACUACCUGGGUGGCUACUGCUUCCCUGCGCUGGUGGUGGGCAUCGCGGCCGCCAUUGACUACCGCAGCUACGGCACCGAGAAGGCCUGCUGGCUCAGAGUGGACAAUUACUUCAUCUGGAGUUUCAUUGGGCCCGUCUCCUUUGUCAUCGUGGUGAACCUGGUGUUUCUCAUGGUGACCCUGCACAAGAUGAUCCGCAGCUCCUCCGUGCUCAAGCCAGACUCCAGCCGCCUGGACAACAUCAAGUCCUGGGCACUGGGGGCCAUCGCGCUGCUCUUCCUCCUGGGCCUUACCUGGGCCUUCGGCCUGCUCUUUAUCAACAAGGAGUCGGUGGUCAUGGCCUACCUCUUUACCACCUUCAACGCCUUCCAGGGCGUCUUCAUCUUUGUCUUUCACUGCGCCUUACAGAAAAAGGUGCACAAGGAGUAUAGCAAGUGCCUGCGUCACUCCUACUGCUGCAUCCGUUCCCCGCCGGGCGGCACGCACGGCUCCCUCAAGACCUCGGCCAUGCGGAGCAAUACCCGCUACUACACAGGCACCCAGGUACUGGGAGGGCAGGGCUGGAGAGCCAGCCAGGGGGUCCCAGUGUGUGCGGUGGCACUGACGCCUGCCAUGUGUCACCAGAGCCGCAUUCGGAGGAUGUGGAAUGACACGGUGAGGAAGCAGACAGAAUCCUCCUUCAUGGCAGGGGACAUCAACAGUACACCCACCCUGAACCGAGGUACCAUGGGGAACCACCUUCUGACCAACCCCGUGCUGCAGCCCCGGGGCGGCACCAGCCCCUACAACACCCUGAUCGCCGAGUCCGUGGGCUUCAACCCCUCUUCUCCCCCUGUCUUCAACUCCCCGGGCAGCUACCGGGAGCCCAAGCACCCCCUGGGAGGCCGGGAGGCCUGUGGCAUGGACACCCUGCCCCUGAACGGCAACUUCAACAACAGCUACUCCUUGCGGAGUGGCGACUUUCCACCAGGGGAUGGGGGCCCCGAGCCACCCAGAGGCCGAAACCUUGCAGACGCUGCAGCCUUUGAGAAGAUGAUCAUCUCAGAGCUGGUGCACAACAACCUGCGGGGCGGUGGCAGUGGGGCAAAGGGGCCCCCGCCGCCCGAGCCCCCUGUGCCACCUGUGCCUGGGGGCAGCAGUGAAGAGGAGGCCGGUGGGCCUGGGGGUGCUGACCGGGCGGAGAUCGAACUUCUCUACAAGGCCCUGGAGGAGCCGCUGCUGCUGCCCCGGGCCCAGUCGGUGCUCUACCAGAGCGACCUGGACGAGUCGGAGAGCUGUGCAGCCGAGGACGGUGCUGCCAGCCGGCCCCUCUCCUCCCCGCCCGGCCGGGACUCCCUCUAUGCCAGUGGGGCCAACCUGCGGGACUCGCCCUCCUACGCGGACAGCAGCCCUGAGGGGCCCAGCGACACCCUGCCCCCGCCACCUCCUGCACCCCCAGGGCCGCCUGAAAUCUACUACACCUCACGCCCACCUGCCCUGGUGGCUCGGAACCCCCUGCAGGGCUACUACCAGGUGCGGAGGCCUAGCCAUGAGGGCUACCUGGCGGCCCCCGGCCUGGAGGGGCCAGGGCCCGAUGGGGACGGGCAGAUGCAGCUGGUCACCAGCCUCUGAGGGCACCUGCGGACCAGGGGCCGUUGGCUCGGCCUGGGAGGAGGCCCUGGGCUGGGCCCUUGUUGGAGAGGGAGAGCGGUGGGGGUAGUGGCUGGUGGACCACUCUCUCCUGAGCACGCUCCUCGGCCAUGCGUCCCAGGGUCCCCUCAGGGGCUCCCCUGUGGGGGCCCGAGGUGCCAGGGUUCACAGACAGGGUUUCCCACCAGCCACGGGCACCAGCUCUGUUGGAGGGGGCUGGGAGGAGGAGCCUGGAGGCCCUAGGAGGAAGGGGGGGGGCCUUGCUACUCCUGCUUCUGCCCCGCCCUGCCACCCCUGGCCGACUGAGGGCUCUGGUCUCCCCAGGCCGGGCAGCCUCCCCGGCUGCAGGACGGAUGGACGGACUGCCCCUGCAUGGCAGCUCCCCGAGCCAGGGUCCUGCACCCUGGGAGGAAGCCUGGCCUAGGCCCAGGCCUAGGGACGGCCGAGUGGUCUCCCGGAACUUUCUCUGAAGCUCCUGCCCCUUUGCUGCCUGCCCCGCCCCCAGAGUGCGCCAGUGACCCUUCCGGGGCCACUCCUGACGAAGCACAACUCCCCACCGGCCCGGCCCCGCAGCUCCAGGUCUGUGGGCCCGGUGCUCCAGGGAGCAGAUGUGGUCUGCAUCGCCCUGGGGAGUGGGUCCUGGGCUUGGAUCUGUCCCUAGGGGGCCUCUCAUCCCCGCCUUCCCCCAUUGCUGUAAAUAUUUCAACGAAAUGGAAAAAAAAGAGACAAAAAAAAAUAUCUCAUGACUUGAAGCCACCGGGCGCCCGAGGCCCAGGCCGGCCCGGACUCGGCUGCCCCCGCGCGGCAGCCAGGACUCCCGGCGGAGGGCCGGGGUGGGAGACCGCCUGCCGCCCGCACAGCUUCCCACAUCCAGAGACAGAAGCAAAACCAACCGGGAAGCAACAGCGGAGCAGAGAGCCCUGCGGCGCCCGCCUGGGGCAAAACCUCACCACCCGCCCCGAGCCGGGGCGCCCAAGACACCCGCGCACCCAAAGAUGCUUCCGCAGGGCGGGACGCGCCCCUGGCCGCUUCCAGGCAUCGCUUCUGGGAGCGGGGCGCGGCUCGCCAAGGCCUCUGCAGCCGGAUGCGGGCGCCCACCCGCUGGCCUCCGUCCGCCCCGCCCGGAGGGUGUCGGGGUUCCCCACGCGCCCCCAGCCCCCCGGGCAGGCGGCGCAGCACCUCAUUCCCCAUCGCCUUGGCGGCCCUGCCGCCGCCUCCGUCCGCCCUCCUGUCACUUCCCCCUCUCACAAGUGCCAUGAGUUUCAGACAUCUCCGGGUCUCAGCCUGCUGCUGCCACGAACUUCUUGGGGUCAUGGGGCGGGCUCCAGGGAACUGGAGGAAGGGGACAGGUAGGUGGCUGGGGGACCCUUUUUGCUGCUAGAAAGCCCCCUCCCUCCUGCGGGGAGCUGGGCUGGCUCGUCCCCCGCCCGCAGGAGAGAAGGGCCGGACCAAAGACGGCGGUUUGUCCCAGGGGGAGCAGGCGCGGGCAGGAGUAGGGUGCAGCUCCGGCUCGGCUUCUUCUGGGGGAGUCUUCUUAGCCCAUCUCACCAGGAGCCCUGGGGCAGGGUUAAGGGUGGGCGAGGGAGCAGGGGGCCCCCUUGAGCUCACAAGCCGUCACCCCUGGGGGUGAGGAGCUGGGCUGGGCAGACAGGCACGGAGCCCUGGCCCGAAAGGGUCAGGCACCAAGUCCUCCCUGCGGCCCAGCCCUCUGCCUCUCCAGACGUGGACAAUCAAGGGGAGAGGCUGUGGGGCCCCGGGGUCACCUCCGGGCUGCGCACCGCCCCCUGGCGGGGCUGGGCACCACUGCAGUCCCAUGCAAAGCCACCAGAGAGCCCGGGGUCCCCGCCCCAACCAGACCUGGUGCCUUGACGCCCCCCAGCUGGCACGGUACAGAGAAGGGUCUCGGUUCCCCUCCCUGGGCUCCUGGAUUCAUUGGCUCCCAAAUCUUUCUUUUUCUCAGAACUUUUUCUUUUGGGUUCCCCUUGCCUCUCGCCCCUUCCCCUCCUGCCCUCCCCCGCUCCCUGUGUCUCUCUCGCCAUCUCCCUGCCUACCAUCCGCAGCCCCGCUGUGUCCAUUCGGGGCUCCCCGCGGCUCCCGCCCGCCCUCCCUCCUUGGUCUCCUUUUCGAUAUGCCAAACCAAUUUUGGGUCGAGUGCAUUUAACAAGAACAAAACAAAAGGCUCAUAACAAGAUCGUUUCAGAAAAAAACAAAAAGUUUAAAAAAAAUUGUUGAGUCAAAAAGUCAAACAAUAAAGAAGAUUUCUUGGAAAGACA